GGAUCAUGUUGCAGCUACGGGAUUUGGCUUCCUUGACAGUGGGGCUUGGCCAGAGGGUGUCCCUCUGCUUGUGUGGUACUCUUGGCGCUUGCCGGUAUCCUUAGGGUUCCGCCCACUGUCCCCAGGCUUCAUGGGGAAGGAAGGACGAUGAGGCUGAGGCUCAUCCACACCGUCAGUCCUGGUCAUCGUACCCUGUAAAUAUGUCCAAAGGGACUGCUGCCAGUUUUAGCGUCUCCUGCCCCUCUUUGAGAACUUCGUCAGGCCUGAUUCACGAGUUCAUCCUCUCACUUCUUGAGAAGAUGCAGACACAGGAGAUCCUGAGGAUACUGAGGCUGCCCGAGCUGAGUGACUUGGGCCAGUUUUUCCGCAGCCUCUCGGCCACCACCCUCGUGAGUAUGGGUGCGCUGGCCGCUAUCCUCGCCUACUGGUUCACUCACCGGCCAAAGGCCUUGCAACCACCAUGCAACCUCCUGAUGCAGUCAGAGGAAGUGAAGGACAGUGGUGGGGCCCGGCGAUCCGUGAUUGGGGAUGGGCCUCAGCUGCUUACCCACUACUACGACGACGCCAGGACCAUGUACGAAGUGUUCCGCCGUGGGCUUAGCAUCUCAGGGAAUGGACCCUGUCUUGGCUUCAGGAAGCCCAACCAGCCUUAUCAGUGGCUGUCCUACCAGGAGGUGGCCGACAGGGCUGAAUUUCUAGGGUCCGGACUUCUCCAGCACAAUUGUAAAGCAUGUACAGAUCAGUUUAUCGGCGUUUUUGCACAAAAUCGACCAGAGUGGAUCAUCGCAGAGCUUGCCUGCUACACGUAUUCUAUGGUGGUGGUCCCGCUGUAUGACACCCUGGGCCCUGGGGCUAUCCGGUACAUCAUCAACACAGCUGACAUCAGCACCGUGAUCGUGGAUAAACCUCAGAAGGCUGUGCUUCUGCUAGAGCACGUGGAGAGAAAGGAGACUCCAGGGCUCAAGCUGAUCAUCCUCAUGGAACCGUUCGAGGAAGCUCUGAAAGACAGAGGGCAGGAGUGUGGGGUGGUCAUUAAGUCCAUGCAGACUAUAGAGGACUGCGGCCAACGGAAUCAUCGUGUCCCUGUGGUAAGCUCGUCUGCCAGCGGGUCUUUAUUGAGCAAGCCCCCAAAGCCCAGUGACCUCUCCAUUGUGUGUUUCACAAGCGGUACGACAGGGAACCCCAAAGGUGCAAUGCUCACCCAUGGGAACGUGGUGGCUGACUUCUCAGGCUUUCUGAAAGUGACAGAGAGUCAGUGGGCUCCCACUCGUGCGGAUGUGCACGUUUCCUAUUUGCCUUUAGCACACAUGUUUGAGCGAAUGGUGCAGUCUGUUGUCUACUGCCACGGAGGGCGCGUCGGCUUCUUCCAGGGAGACAUCCGUCUCCUCUCGGAUGAUAUGAAGGCUCUUUGCCCCACCAUCUUCCCUGUGGUCCCACGACUGCUGAACCGGAUGUACGACAAGAUCUUCUGCCAAGCAGACACACCAGUAAAGCGUUGGUUCCUGGAGUUUGCAGCAAAGCGUAAACAGGCUGAGGUCCGGAGUGGAAUCAUCAGGAAUGACAGUAUCUGGGAUGAAUUAUUCUUUAAUAAGAUUCAGGCCAGUCUUGGUGGGUGUGUGCGGAUGAUUGUUACUGGAGCAGCCCCCGCAUCACCAACAGUCUUGGGAUUCCUCCGGGCGGCUCUGGGGUGCCAGGUUUAUGAAGGUUAUGGCCAAACUGAGUGCACAGCUGGAUGUACGUUCACCACACCCGGGGACUGGACCUCAGGGCAUGUCGGGGCGCCUCUGCCCUGCAAUCAUAUCAAGCUCGUCGAUAUCGAAGAACUGAACUAUUGGACCUGCAAAGGAGAGGGAGAGAUAUGUGUGAAAGGACCAAAUGUGUUCAAAGGUUAUUUGAAAGAUCCUGACAGGACAAAGGAGGCUCUGGACAGCGACGGCUGGCUUCACACUGGAGACAUUGGGAAAUGGCUGCCGGCAGGAACUCUUAAAAUUAUUGAUCGGAAAAAGCACAUAUUUAAACUCGCUCAGGGAGAAUAUGUUGCACCCGAGAAGAUUGAGAACAUCUAUAUCCGGAGUGAGCCUGUGGCGCAAAUCUAUGUUCAUGGGGACAGCUUAAAGGCCUUUUUGGUGGGCAUUGUUGUGCCCGACCCUGAAGUCAUGCCGUCCUGGGCCCAGAAGAGAGGAAUCGAAGGGACGUAUGUAGAGCUCUGCACAAAUAGGGAGCUGAAGAAAGCCAUUUUGGAAGAUAUGGUGAGCUUGGGAAAAGAAGGUGGACUCCAUUCUUUUGAACAGGUUAAAGCCAUUCACAUCCACUCUGAUAUGUUCUCAGUUCAAAACGGCUUGCUGACACCAACACUAAAGGCUAAGAGACCUGAGCUGAGAGAAUACUUCAAAAAACAAAUAGAAGACCUUUAUUCAAUCUCCAUGUGAAGUUCAAGGAAAGUUCUUCUCAGUACAAUGGACUGUGUAGCAAUAUGAUAGUUAUUCUUGAAAGUAAUGAGUCAGAAUGAUGCAAAUGAAAAUGAAUAAGCUUGUGACUUUAUGACUGAGCCUUUUUCUGUUCCAAGAGGUCUUUAACAAUAUUUUCUCUGUCAUCACUGAGUACACUUUAUUUUUAUUAAAAUGAUAUUGUAGCAAGCUGCUAAAAAUAUCACAAAUGGCAAUGUGAAAAUCAAGACUUUUCUCAAGAACCGUGUACCACUAAAAGUAAUUAUUCUCAAUGUUCACGGAACUCCUAUUAAAACAUAAAGGAAAACAUAACUGAUACAUUGUACUUAAUUAUUUUUGAAUAGUAACCAUAUACAGCAAAUAUCUAGGCAAUGUGGACUACCUCAUUCAAUAACUGAUGUCAAAAAAUCACUAUUAAAUCAGACUUAAAAAAAUCAAAACUAGGUGUAUAGAAUCAUGCUAAAACAAAACAUGAUAACUCACAUUCUACAUAACUUCAGAUUCUUUAAACAUGACAAUCCUUAUUGAUGUGAAAAGUUUUCUCUUGAAUUUUUACAUUUGUCCAUGAAAAAUUCAAAAUCAGAUAUUCUUAAAACAAAUGUUAUAUUUAUGUAACAUUUUACAAAGAUCUUUCAAUUCAUUUUCUCACUUAUUAAACUCAUUAAAAUAUUCAGGAACUACAAGAAAUAUAAUGUAAAACUACUUCAAGGAUAGUAUGUAUAGAUUCAUGGACUUCUUACCAUAAUGAAUUCUAUGAGAUGUCUGUUGACUCUACAAUGGAUGGACCUUUGGGGAAGACUUGGGAGAAGAAACCCAGAAUUAUUUCUCAGGGUGGCAGCCAUUAAUGUACUUAAUUUUCCUUGCUGGGUUCUUCCAGUCUUCCGUUUUCAAUAUGUCCGUCCUAGGCCUGGGAAACCAAAUAUGGCUAUAAUUCUGAACAAUUUCACUUUUGUUCAGUUAGACAGGAUGUGGGAAGGUGAGGAUGUUAUUUCCAAAUGAAAUAAUUUUUCAUCAACAUAAUUUUGAAGAACCUCUUCAAAAUGCCCCUAGAAAACUUUUUAAGUCCAUCAUAGAUAAAUAUCUCCUUAGGGCAUAAUUCCAUUCAUAAAAUUUUUAGAUGCUUCUAGGCUUAACCACAAAAACCUCCUCUCUUGCAUUAUAUUUAGAUCUUUCUUACACCUGGGUGCCAAUAAUUUGAUAUAAUUAAAGCCCAGCUUAGACAGCAAUUAAGUUCCAAGCUACAGACGGUGCAUCUGAAGAAGCAACUUCUUCUAAUAGAGACAGGACUCCAAAAAGCAGAGAUGGGGGCAGUGUUCACAGUUCAGAAGCUCCUUUCCCCUGGAGCAAAUCCAAACUGUAAAUAAAUGCUAUUGGAUAAAAACUGCAUAAUCACACAGGCCUACUGGAUGAAUCUGCAUCAGUGAUUGUGCAUUUAUAUUUCAGUCUUGGCAAAAGUCGCCCACAGCUCAUUUGAUGUAUUUAUCCAAUCUUUUACAUAUUCUUUUGGUGUAUUUUCUCUGCAGACUCACUAUUUGCACUUAUAAAUUUGACUUUUACUAAAUGAGCUAGUUCUAUGCACAUUAAUUUUUAAAGGCAUUUCUGAAUAAACAAAUAACUAAAAAUGUCCAAGGCCACAUCUAUAUGGCAUUACUUUUUUAUAUUCAAUAUAUAUUUGACUAAUUAAAAGAGAAAAUCAUCACCUGAAUUGGAUAUUCAUACUAUUUUAAAGACAAGCAGCUUCACAUCUAAAAGAAAAUGAAGCUGUUUCCCUUUGUCUUCCCACUCAACUAAAAUUUCAUAGUUGGCUUUGUUUCCAAAAGGAUUUUGGACAAUGUAAUAUAAGCAAAUAAUUUAAAACUUAUUUUGAUUCUAUUUAUACCUCAUAGUAGUUAGAUAUAACUGAUUGUGGACAACUUAAGAUUUCUUUUUCUCACUUUAAAGAUCUUAUGUUUCUACUAGCCUUCCUUAUCUGUGUGAACAUCAUCACAUUUGGGUCAAAAGACAGGUUAUUGCAGAUGUGCUGAGGAAAGUUAGGGCCCUAAACAUACUGGAUGUAUAUUUAUCUAUUCUUCUGUUUAAUUUCACUGAAUUUUUUAAUAAAGGAGAAAUGAAACAAUAUGUGUUAGAAAAAUCCUUCUUCCUCCAGAUUUCCCAACUUUAUUUUGGGGGGAAAAAGUCUGCAUUUCUCUUUAACCAAUACAGAAAAAGGCUAUGUACUUAAGACCUUCACAUUCAUAGAGGACAUCAGAUACGAUUUAAGUCUGGAGGCAUAAGAGAGGUCAAUUCCUUAAGCAUAAAGAUGUUCUUAAAUGUUUGGCCUUUUAUCUGUUUCUCAUUCCAAUGUGUUCGUAAUUCUCACAUUUUACAAACUAAUCUUGUUGUGUAUAUUAUAAAAUAGAAUAGACACCAAUUUUUUUUUUCCUUUGCCAUA